AUGAAGCGAUAUAGCAAAUUCAGCUACACUGCCAUGCAGGAUUCGACGGCGCCCCCCAUCAACUCCGCCGCCUACAGCAUCUACACUGCGGGCUGCCGGGCGGAGAAGUGCUUACAGACAGCAGACUAUGAUGAGGCGGAAACCGGGGAAGUAAAUGGAGCCGGAGAAAUAAAGGAAAUCGAUGAAAUAGAUGAAACCAAGGAACUCGACAAGACCAAGGAAACAGAGGAAGUGGAACGUCUUAAAACCUGUCUGGAAGAGAUCAGAUUCAUGGCCGGCCUGAACAAGGUCGACGAUGCGAUCGAUGCGGUUGGGGGCGAAAGCGACCAACCGCUGACGGAGGGCGAGCAACGAAAGUUUGUGGAGCUAACGAGGGAGCGCUCAGCGUUCAUCGCAGUAGAGAAAUGGCGACAGAACGAAAAGGCCCGUUUGGCCUUGUUGGACGAAGAACGAUAG